UCGUCGCGGCGCGUCCUCCUAUAAAGAGCGCGACGAGGUGGGGGUGUAUAUUGCGUUACGAUCUUUCUUGCUGAUGUGGAAGUCGCGCGAGCCGUGCCAAGAGAGGUCUCGUUUCGAUUCUUGACUCGUCUAUACCGUUUCUUCAUUCCGACGUAAAAUAAGAGAGACGUCCCGUAAAUUCUCCGAGUCUCUCGGUCGACGAUCUCUCCCCUUUUCUCUCUCCAUUGUAUCUUUUCCUUUUUUUUUCCUUCGCCCCGGUGCACGAUCUCUGUGGAAUGCGAGCGCUCAUGUUCCUCCAAAUCCUAAUCAUUUUCUCCAUCCUAGCUACGGCGAUCCCGAAGCAGGUGAUCCCGGACGGCGAGCAUCGCAUUUUGAAUAAGGAUGCAGGCAGUAAAGAUCACUAUGUCCACUCCCAACACAACCCGGCCUAUGAUCAUGAAGCUUUCCUCGGAGAAGAAGCCAAAACUUUUGAUCAAUUGACUCCCGAGGAAAGUACCAGGCGAUUAGGGAUAAUUGUCGAUAAAAUAGAUAAGGAUAGCGACGGCUAUGUGACGCAAGAGGAACUUAAGGAUUGGAUAAUGUACACACAGCAACGUUACAUCAGGGAUGACGUGGAACGUCAGUGGGCAUCCCACAAUUCGAUAGGAAAGGAGAAAUUGACUUGGACAGAAUACAAAGACAUGGUUUAUGGCGAUAUGGAGGAAGAAGAGGCAGAAAAGCGGGAGAGUGACAAAACAGAUGAGUCGUUCUCGUAUGCUCAAAUGUACAAAAGAGACCGCAGAAGAUGGUCUACUGCGGAUCUGGAUGGCGAUGAUGCUCUGACCAAAGAGGAAUUUACUGCCUUCCUUCAUGCGGAAGAUGCAGAGCACAUGAAGGAUGUGAUAGUGCUGGAAACGAUGGAGGAUAUUGAUAAGGAUCAAGAUGGAAAGAUAUCCCUUGCAGAAUAUAUUGGCGAUAUGUACAGAGGCGAAGAAGGUGAAGACGAACCAGAAUGGGUAAAGAAUGAGAAAGAACAGUUUUCCUUGUAUAGAGACAAAGAUGGGGAUGGAUUCUUGAACGCUGAUGAGGUAAAAACGUGGAUUAUUCCUGCGGAAUUUGAUCACGCUGAGGCAGAAUCGAGACACUUGAUCUACGAAGCAGACACAGAUGCCGAUCACAAGCUGACGAAGAACGAAAUUUUGGAGAAAUACGACAUCUUUGUAGGAUCUCAGGCGACGGACUUUGGCGAGGCGUUAGCGAGGCAUGAUGAAUUUUAAUAAGAUGCAAUCGCAUAAGAAAAAAAACACUCAC